AUGAUUUCUCUCCAAAAAACUCUGCAAAUCUUAAUGCUGCUUUGAUUUCACCCACACAGAAAAAAUGAACAUCUACUCCAAUCAGGAGGGCCCUCAAAUGCAACGAGGACAAGACUACAACUCUGCCAACAAAAUGCAGAAGCAAGUUGAGGUCAGGAUUAGCGAGAGCCACAUGGAGCCCAUUGUGGACCCUCCUGAGAGCGCAUGUAGCAGCCUGUGCGAUAAAAUCAUGAAGAACAUGGUUCUCACUCUCACAAUCCUCGGUGUGUUUCUGGGUUCCAUCGCUGGCAUGCUGCUGCGGCACAUAUCGCCUCUCCCUCCUGAUGUUAUUAUGAUCAUCGCCUUCCCUGGAGAGAUCCUAAUGAGGAUGCUGAAGAUGCUUAUUUUGCCUCUUGUUGUUUCCAGUCUGGUCACAGGACUUGCCGGUUUGGAUGCCAAAUCCAGCGGCCGCUUGGGCACCAGGGCCAUGGUGUACUACAUGUCUACGACGGUGAUCGCAGCUGUCCUGGGAGUGAUCCUGGUACUGCUCAUCCAUCCCGGAAACCCCAAACUGAGGGCUAAUCUCGGACAGGGAAAGAAGAACGACGAGGUGUCGAGUGUGGACGCCUUCUUCGAUCUUAUCCGAAAUCUUUUCCCGGAGAACUUGGUGCAGGCCUGCUUUCAGCAGAUUCAAACAGUAGUCACCAAAGUACAAGUGCCCACUAACAGAACCAAAGCACCUCCACAAUUCACAGUUAAGAGGGCUCUUCAGUUCAAGAGUGGGAUGAACGUCUUGGGUUUGAUUGGCUUCUUUGUCGCUUUUGGAGUUAUUAUGGGGAAAAUGGGAGAGAAGGCCAAACUCAUGCUGGAGUUUUUCAACGUCCUGAAUGAAAUCGUUAUGAGGCUUGUUGGUGCAAUUAUGUGGUACUCCCCUAUUGGUAUUGCCUGCCUUAUCUGUGGAAAGAUCAUCUCCAUUGCUGACUUAGAGGUGGUCGCCAGGCAGCUGGGGAUGUACAUGGUCACUGUGAUAGUGGGUCUCAUCAUCCAUGGAGGCAUCUUCCUUCCGCUGAUAUAUUUUGUGAUAGUAAAAGAAAACCCCUACAAGUUCUUCAUGGGAAUGUUCCAAGCUUGGGUCACGGCUCUCGGAACAGCAUCCAGUGCCGGCACCUUGCCCGUCACGUUCAGGUGCUUAGAGGAGAACCUGGGCAUCGACAAGAGAGUAACGCGCUUUGUCCUCCCAGUGGGCGCCACCAUCAACAUGGACGGCACAGCGCUUUACGAGGCCGUAGCUGCCAUCUUCAUCGCUCAGAUGAAUGGGAUUGCCCUCGACUGGGGCCAGAUUGUUACUGUCAGUAUGACCGCCACCCUGGCCAGUGUUGGAGCAGCCAGUAUCCCCAGUGCUGGACUUGUGACCAUGCUUCUGAUCCUCACGGCGGUGGGGCUGCCCACUCAGGACAUCAGCCUCCUGGUCGCUGUCGACUGGCUGCUGGAUCGUUUCCGUACCUCAGUGAACGUGGUUGGGGACUCCUACGGUGCUGGUAUCGUGUACCACCUCUCCAAGGACGAGCUGGACUCCUUCGACCAGCAGGCCCGGAUGGAGGACUUUGAGAUGGCAAAGACACAAUCCUUCUUUGAAAAUAACUCCAACCAGACUGUAUACGCUCACCACAACUCAAUCUUGAUAGACGAUUGCAAGGUCACCGUGGACAAUAAUGGCAAGAACUCAGGGUUCUUUCUUGAGGAGGGACCAUGGAAAUGCGAGUAAAGCAGACCCAGAUGCUGCUCCGCCUUACCCUGAGUUCCAACAACUUUAACUUUCUGUCGACACAAAAAUCUACAAAAGAAAUCACAUAGACGAGAAGAAAAAAAAACAGUUAGCAGAGUCAAGUGUACCGCAGGAAUGAACAGUCGGCCAAGUCUCUUUCUUUCAAUUACCCAUCCGGGUAGCUUCUGGAGCAAACUGCAGAUGACUCACCAUCCUGUAUUAGAUCUUCAAUUUGCACUAACUAGACACAAACUGUAAGGAACUGGUGCAUUUCAUGCACUUUGUACAGAAGAAUAAAUCACUCGGUUGAAUACACUCAGGGCCUUACUUGGUGCUGCUGCAAGCUUCCUGUUCUGUCAACGAAAAGAAUUCUUCAACCUUGUGCGACAUCACAUUUUUCUUUUGUAUUGAAGCAUUUUCUUUGUAGCUUAAAGGGCAAAGUGAUGAUACAUGGAUGAUGGCCUUGCCGGCUACAUUUAAUACAAGGACCAAGUAAGAGAAAAUAUGAAGGUUGGUGUAAAUGGCUCAGAACAAAUGUUACAGAGCAGCAUAUCAGAAUGUGACAGACUUCUUGACUGAACUGUUGCUACUAUCAGUGUGUAAUCUGUAUUCUGAGAUGCUUUGUCUUCUUCAAAGACAUCCAUACACUGGACCAAAGGUUCAAAAUAAUGCAAACUAGGUUGAUGAAAACAGAACUUGAAUGAAUGUAUGAAACAGUGCUUCGUAUGGCAUUAUAAUGUAAGUGAAAGUGACUGUUGACUGUUUGACUUAUGGGAUUACACGCUGAUGUCACACACAUGACAAAGCCUAAGAAGCAAAGCUUAGGACUUAGAGGGGGUGACCUCUAAAUGUGGCAACAAACAGAACAGGAUGUGUUGCAGAGAGCUGUAAAGCAGUACAUAGAGUACGUGACCGGUGCCCUCACAGCUAUUUAUUCAUUUGUUAUUUUUUGUAUGUUUAUGAGUGAUGCACUCAUGAGUUUCUGUUUGUAGUCAAAAAGCAUGCCUGUGUACUGGAAUUUCUUUGUUCAUGUGUGUUUCUGAGAGUAAGAGGAAGGUUCACGUGGACGGAAAGUUGGAGGUUUAUUAAUA